AUGGCGGCCAUUUUGAAUGGGAGAGGGCUCUUUGCACGAGCUCGUCGGAAAGGAUGCUGGAAUGUGGAAGUAAGGAACGUGGCAAACACAACACAGACUACUUCUCAAUAUUGUAUCAACUUGGUCAGGUAGCAUUGUUCAAAAGUUUAUCAUUUUUGUGCGGUAAACGAGGCAAAUGCAGCGCGCAAUAUACUAGCACAAUCACUCGGAAUGGUACACUGCUUACAUUUAGAACCUUUGCUUGAUAUUAACAUAGGAAUCUGGAUUAUGAGAACUACCUCUGUUUGUUACUACUGCCUAAAAUAUCUAGAACAUCGGUGUUUGCUGUGAGAGCCUUCAAUGUAGAACUAGCCAGGGUGAGUGAACCAAUAUUUUUUUGUAUAUCCCCUUCACGAACACUUUUUUGAUUCAACGGUUCCCUUGGGAUAAAACCGUUCCCCUCCCCCCCCACCCCCCCCCUUGUGCAACCCCAUUUAAAAUCCCUAACAUUACAGUUCAUCAUACCACUCACGUAGAAAAAAAGACCAUUGGGAGAAGCUAGGUGUUUAUCACUUCUGGUAGUUAAAGGGUUAACUAGCUCUGCCAUAGUUUCUUGUAAGAUGAGUAAACUAGAAUUUAUUAAAAAUCUCUCCCUCUUGCCAUACACCUCUUUCAUACUUCCCACACAUUUGACUUUCUGUCACCUGCAUUUUGUUGCCGAAAACUUCAGAUUAACCCUGAAACUCCCAUGAGUGACCAAGAUAGAAUUUCUCCCCAUAAUCUCAAUACAAUAUCAAGCAGACCAGUGAUGAGAAUAAAGAAAAUAUCAAUUAAGGGAUUAUUAGUUGAUUCAAUGAUAAAUUCUUUAAACUAUAUCACAAGAACUGUGUGGCAGACUGUAAGGAGAAUCACUAAUGAGAUGAUGGGAUUGAAAAGGUUAACAAUUAAUAUGAAUGUGCAUCUUCUAAUAUUUUUAUAAUGUGUUGGGUGUAUUAAAAAUCAAAAGAAAAUUUGAAACAAUUUGUAUGUUUCUCCAACAUUAAGGUCCAGGAUUCUGUUAGUGAUCCAGUUAUUGGAAGGAUGAGGCUCCAGUUCUGGAGAGAUACACUUGAAGAGACUUUCCAGGUGAAAUUAUCCACCUCUUCUCAGUACUGUAAUCAAUAAGGGUUUAUUGUGGUAAUUAACAAUUAUUUGCCAAAUUGGAAAAUUAUUGACUAUUUGCUGCCAACAGGAAGCUAACACAUGUGUAUUGUAUGGCUUUUUGUGUUGCAUUUCAGGGAAAUCCCCCUCAGCAGCCGGUAGCUUUGGAACUAGCAAAGGUCAGGCUUUCUUGAAUUGCCCUUUUUGCAACAAAACCACUUUUUUAAAUUACCGAUAUCAAGAUUAUUUUAGCUGAUUUUCCAUUGGUAGGUGAAUGUUAAACAUUCAACUUGGAAUUGGAUUCACACUUAGUUGAACAUUUUUUAACUAAAAUGUUACUGUAAACCUCUUUCAUAGAUGACAAGCCUUAAAGGGAGAAAUUCCUAUUUGUUUGUGUGCCAAAAAUUACCCAUCCUGGUGUCAUAAUCAAAUUCUCACACGCAAAUCAAGAGGGCUUCUUUGCAUGCAAGUCACAGAAUGUUGAUAAGGCCCAUUAUUUAUUAACCCUUUACAUCCUAACAUCAGUAUGCAUGUUCUCCAUUCAGUUCUCUAUACAUUUCCUAAUGUGUUGGCAAGGAGAAUUUUUUUAACAAUCAAGAGGUUCUUCAGUUGAUUAUCAUUUCCUUUAUUCUCAUGACCUUAAUGUUUGAUUCAUGGAUGAUUUUGAAAGGAUAAAUUAAAUGCUAGUCACUCUUAGGGAUUAAAGGGUUAAAGGGGUCUAAAUGGCAUUUGGAACUAAUAUUAGGCCUGUAAGGUUCUAAAAUGCUAUUAAGAUGCUUGUUUUGUCUCUUUCAGGCUGUCACAAAAUACAAGCUGACAAAGCAAUGGUUUUCACGUCUCAUAGAUGCACGAGUAAGCAUGUCACAUACUCUCUUCCGUCUGGGGAUUUUUUUUUGACAGAUAUUGAUUUCCAGCAAUUGGAAUUUCAAUUAAUUCUCUCAUAACAUGACAAAUGAGUUGAUCCAAGAGUAACAGUUAAUAAUGUAGUGUGAUCAUCAGGGUUUAGGUGGUCCUCAAAAGAACUUUUAAUCUGGUUUAAAGACAUCACCUCAAGACUGUGACAAUGACUUCCAAGAAGCUUAUCAAAAUGUCAGUCACUGCUACCAUCAUCACUCCUUUUAAGGACUUCUUAUACCCAGAUGAUAAGACUUCAAUGUCGUUUCUUUUGAUAGCUACCCUUGAUAGAUGGACACCUCACUUAUAGGAACACUCAAUUUAGUCAUGCCUUUUGAAAGAAUGUUUUUUCUUUUCCUUUCCAACAAUAUAUCUAACUCUUUAAAAGUCUAAAAUGGUGUCCUGGCUCAGUAAUUUCUAUUUAAUGACAUCGUACUUUAUUGGAUAGGAGAGAAGCCUUGACAACAGACCUCAUGAGACAGCAAAUGCUUUGGAGGAACACAGUGAAAACGCAGUGUCAUCAGUGUUAUAUCUUAUCUUAGAGUGUCUUGGUAACCAUCUUUUUUCUUUAUAAUCCAAACAGAUCCACUGAGGGUAUAUUAUCUAACAUGCGUUCUUGAAUACCCCUGGUAACUAAAGCAAAACAAAAGAUGAUAUUGAGAGGGAAAUGUUCACACACAGUUUAGAAGUUGAAGCUAAAUUCUGAAUUACAAACUGCUGCAACAAAGCAGUUGUUGAAUUUUAUGCACUUUAAUAUUGUUUGCCUGUAGGGAUAAAAGAUGUACAUGCUGACCACACUGCAAGCCAUCUUGGUAAGGCUAUCGGUGUGGCAACAGCACUGAGGUCCACACCUUUCCAUGGCAGCAAAGGAAAAGUUUACCUACCAAAUGACAUAAUGAUAAAGGUGAUAAAGAAGUCUCAUGUUUUACAUUACAAAAAUCAAAAUUUUAGGUUUUUCUGUGGGGAACUGAAACUUGUCAAUGAGAAAAUGCUGGAGGGAGUGAAAGGGAUUUUCAUCUAAUUGCAGUACAAGACUAAUCAAACUUACUACAAAACCAGAAAGUCAUGGAAUUCUACAAGAUCACUUAAUAGGCCUGGAAAGGUAGCAGAAUCUGAGUGUGAGCUGUCUUAUCAGCUAAUAAAUUUAAGAACUACGUAGUUGAGUUGAGUUAAGUAGAGGAUCAGACUUAAAGAUCAGACUUGAAGGUCUGGUGUUCAAGUCCUAAUGAGGAACUCACAUUUAAUUUCAUUGUCCAAUACUCAUGAAAAAAAUAUAUUUUCUUAGAACAUUUGUUUUCUCUUAUUCACAGCAUGGGGUAUCACAUGAGGAUAUUAUCAGAGGAAGAAAACAUCAGCUAGUAAAAGAUGUUACUUAUGAGCUGGCCAGUUUAGCACACAGCCAUCUUUCAAAAGUAUGUGUUUAAGUUUCAGUUUUCAAAUAUUUCAUGGAACAUCUUAUCACCAAAUAAAUGUUAAUUUUUCAAUGCUUGUAACCAUAGGCACAGUCACUAAUAUCUGAAGCCCCCAAACCAGCAUCAAGAGCAUUUUUGCCAAUGGUAUGUUUAAAAACUAAUUUGGAGGAUAUUGUUUAGCCAGGGAUGGAUACAAAUUUAUUUAAUCCAUAUGGUAUUUUUAAUUUUUUUUUUUUUUCAUCUUCAAAUGUUUUUAAAAAAAAACUGUGGUCAGUGGACAAAAAAUCAAGUGACAAUUGGCCCGUAUUUAAUUAACCAAUGAUGAGCAACCAGCUUGGUCAAGAUGAUGGCUGAGAUAUAUCAACUUAUGGUAUAGCUCCUAUGAUCCAUAAGCUUUAAUCCUUACACUUCCAAGCUCUCCAGAUUAAUUCUCCUUAAUGUCUGCAAUACAAUUGUUGUAAUGUUAGCUCUGAGCAUUUGAUAUUGGAUCAACUAAUAAUCCCUAAUAGGUCAUUUUACAAUUGUGUAUUUAGUUGCCAAGCCUUUGAUUUGGAGUGAGGCUGAAGGUGACUUUGUUGUGAUAGAUAUAGUAUCUAGUUAGCAUAAUAGCAAAGUAAUUUAUUGAUUUAAAGAGCAGCAACGUUUGUUUCAUAAAAGAUCACCCUUAGCCUUGCUCCUGUCUAAAGGCUUGGCAACAAAGCAUGCAACUGUCAAGAGGACCAUUUAUAUUUUUCGUUAUUCUCGUCACUCGUCUGCUUGAGACUGUAUUGAUAUUGCAAGGAGAAAUUCUGUCUUGAUCACUCAUGGAAGUGAAAGGGUUGAGUACCUUGACCCAAAUUUUAGUCUGCCUCCCUGCUAAAGUAAACUCUUACAAAUCUGUCCAUGUCAUACAGAGGAGCAUGCUCUGAAACACACAAGGCACAAAAAUCUAUUCCUUUCAGAGUGGAAAAAGAUGUCCCAAUGCAUGAUUUGUUCUCCAGCAUGGCAGGCUUAAUUCUUACAAUAUCAUUACUGCAAGGUGCCGAGGACCCAGUUUGUCAUUCACUAAUUCUCAAUUUCUUGAUUUAAUAGGUUUCAUGCCGAACUUAUCUUACACAGAUCCAAAAGGUGGACUUUGACAUCUUUCAUCCAACCCUGAGAGAACGAAAUCACUUGUUACCUCUGCUCUUGCUUAAACAUGCUUGGAUAGGGCUAUGAAGUUAUGUGAAGUUUUCAGUUAAUACCAACAAAGGGAAGAAUAUGUCAUAAAAAUGGAGGGCUGAGCCCACAGGCUUGUUUACAAGGAGGCCAGGGAUUCUUGUUCAGGGAUUCUUGUUCACAAGUGAGGUAAAAAAAAAAUACAAUGCUACGAUUUCUCAAAACACCGCGCAAUAGGUGUAGACAUAAUUACAGGUGUCAUGGAGGGUGAUGUGAUUAGGGAUUAUUAUGAUUCUGCCACAGUGACCAUCCCCAGUAUUCUCCUCAAGAAGAAGGAAUGCCGACAAACUAUAGAUAGGACAAACUGCCAAGGGGUUAGGGAUAGAUGUAUUAUUUUGUGAAAAGAUAUUUAGUAUUACAAUGUCAAUUGAAUCCUUUCUCUCUUUUCCUACCUUGUCUUCAAUAAAUAUAUACUGGUGGUAAAGAAAGAGGAAAACCCUACAGAACUACAAGGUCCCUCGUUAUGAUUGCAGCUGUGUGAGAGUUUCUCUGCCUGCAAAGAAACACUCGAGUCACAGCCCUUAUAAGGACCUGCUCUAAGGUUAUUAAACAAAAAGCUGGAUACAGUAAUUAGGCAAAGUAGUUACACAGGUUUAAGUACCUUAGCCACUUUUGUAAAGGAUCCCUGACAACAAUUUAUUAUAUAUAUACUGAACCACA